AUCAUUUUAACCUUAAUCGAUGUCUUGACUGUGAAAUCCUUGGAAAUGUUUCAAGGGAAAGCCUCACCAAGGCCCUUCUGAAAUACUUGGAACAAACAGAAAAAUUAAUGGAUAAUCAGGAUGAAGUGGACACCUUAAUAGAAGACGUGAAAGCAAUCUGUGAGUUGCUAUCAUCUGUUGAAAAUGAACAAAUUAAAGAAGCCAUUACACAAAUGCACUCAGUACCACUGGGAAUACUAUUGAUGUUGCCACAAAAUCAACAUAUUCAAGUUAAAGAAUUAUUAGAGAAAAACUUCAAAGAUCUGUCUGCUGCAUUGUCCAAGCUCAUAUAUGCCUACUGUACAUCAUUUAACACAGGCUUCCAAAUAGCCCAACUACCUGAAAGUCCACCAGAGCUAAAUGUCCUCCAGGAUUCUUCCAAUUUUUGUGUAAAUGUAUAUGCUCUACACAAAAUUCCAGAGGAGUGGUACAAAAAGUAA